ACCUUGUGAUCACUGGGAGGAGGAAACUUCCCAUGGUGGCUGUGCCAGCACAGCUUGCUUCAGGGUUCGGUGUGCUCAGAAAUAGGCUGCUGGGAUGGAAGGGUUUGUCCUCACUUGCUCAGAGAUUCUAAUUAGCGCUCCUCAGGGUGGAGAGGUGCGAGAGACGGGGACAAAAGGUUGGAUGUGGCCGUGUGAGUAAUGUGUGUGAUGAGCUGAAGCUGUGGAAUGCGCGCAGUGGCUUUGCAAAGAGCGUCCUUGUGGAAUCAGAGCCUCUUGCAGGCAGAGAAACCUUUUCCAAAGGGCCCGGGCACUUCGCAGCGGCUCUCGGAGGGCUGUUCACCAGAGAGAAACUUGGCCCGUUACGGCCGUGGGUGGAGGAUGAGCCACACGGAUUCAGCUCAGCCUGCUUUCCAGCCGGGCUUGCUUCACUGUGUGCAGCUGAUGGGGUUUUCAUCCCUGCUGGGACCAGGCGCUUGCAAUAGGGGAGCAAUGCUGAGCCUCAGGAGCUUUGAAGCGUGCAGACCCACCACUGCUAUGGGAGACCCUGUUGCAGACCCAGGCCGAAGGACAGCCCUGGACCCGGCGCCCCAAGGCAAUGGCGGGACGUCUCUCAGCGUCAUCACGGAAGGCGUUGGGGAGCUGGCGGUCAUCGACCCUGAGGUGGCCAAGAAAGCCUGUGAAGAGGUCCUGGAGAAGGUGAAGUUGAUGCACGGCAUCUCCUCCGACAGCUCAGCAAAGGCAGCCGGAGGCAGGGGGACGGAGAGCACCCCGCGCAGCGUGAUGGACUUGGUCAAUGGGGACAUCGGGGAGGGCUGUGAAAUCAGGUGCUUGGAUGAUCCGCCCGGCACGGCCUCUAAGAUCCAGGAGGAGGAUGAGAGCACGGCCAACACGGUGAAAACUGCCCGGAAACGGCAGAAGAAUAACUCUGCCAAGCAGUCCUGGCUCCUCCGGCUCUUUGAAUCCAAACUCUUUGAUAUCUCCAUGGCCAUUUCAUACUUGUACAAUUCAAAGGAACCUGGUGUGCAGGCUUACAUUGGGAAUAGGUUGUUCUGCUUUAGGAACGAAGAAGUGGACUUCUACCUGCCCCAGCUGCUGAAUAUGUACAUUCACAUGGAUGAGGAUGUGGGCGAUGCCAUCAAGCCCUACAUCGUGCACCGCUGCCGGCAGAGCAUCAACUUCUCCCUGCAGUGUGCCCUGCUGCUGGGUGCCUACUCCUCGGACAUGCACAUCUCCACUCAGCGGCACUCCCGCGGGACCAAGCUGCGGAAGCUCAUCCUCUCGGACGAGUUGAAGCCAGCUUACAAAAGGAGGGAGCUGCCGUCGCUGAGCCCAGCGCCCGAUACGGGGCUGUCUCCUUCCAAAAGGACUCACCAGAGGUCCAAGUCGGACGCUACCGUUACCAUCAGCCUGAGCAGCAACCUGAAGCGCACAGCCAGCAAUCCCAAAGUCGAGAGCGAGGAAGAGGAGCUCUCCUCGAGUACGGAAAGUCUCGAGCAGUCAGACUGCCCCCCCGUCCGGCUCGCCCCCGAGAGGGAGUUCAUCAAGUCCCUCAUCGCCAUCGGGAAGCGCCUGGCCACGCUGCCCACCAAAGAGCAGAAGACGCAGCGGCUCAUCUCGGAGCUCUCGCUGCUCAACCACAAGCUGCCGGCCCGCGCCUGGCUCCCAACGGCCGGCUUCGACCACCACGUCGUGCGGGUGCCCCACACCCAAGCCGUCGUCCUCAACUCCAAGGACAAGGCUCCCUAUUUAAUCUACGUUGAAGUACUUGAAUGUGACAAUUUCGACACAGCGAAUGUGCCCGCCCGCAUCCCGGAGAACCGCAUCCGGAGCACGCGCUCGGCCGAGAACCUGCCGGAGUGCGGCAUCACGCACGAGCAGAGGACCAGCAGCUUCAGCACCGUCCCCAACUACGACAACGACGACGAGGCCUGGUCUGUGGAUGACAUUGUGGAGCUGCAGGUGGAGCUGCCCGAGAUCCACACCAACAGCUGCGACAACAUCUCCCAGUUCUCUGUGGACAGCAUCACCAGCCAGGAGAGCAGGGAGCCCGUGUUCAUCGCCGCUGGAGACAUCAGGCGGCGGCUCUCGGAGCAGCUGGCUCACACCCCCACCUCCUUCAGGAGGGACCCUGAGGACCCGUCCGCCGUCGCCCUGAAGGAGCCCUGGCAGGAGAAAGUCAGGAGGAUCCGGGAAGGGUCUCCCUAUGGCCACCUGCCCUCCUGGCGCCUGCUCUCCGUCAUUGUCAAGUGCGGGGACGACCUGCGGCAGGAGCUGCUCGCCUUCCAGGUCCUCAAGCAGCUGCAGUCCAUCUGGGAGCAGGAGCGGGUCCCGCUCUGGAUCAAGCCAUACAAAAUCCUCGUCAUCUCCGCCGACAGCGGCAUGAUUGAGCCCGUCGUCAACGCUGUCUCCAUCCACCAGAUCAAGAAGCAGUCCCUGCUCUCGCUGCUCGAUUAUUUCCUGCAGGAGCACGGCAGUUACAACACGGAAUCCUUCCUGACGGCCCAGAGGAACUUCGUGCAGAGCUGUGCCGGUUACUGCCUCGUGUGCUACCUCCUGCAGGUCAAGGACAGGCACAACGGUAACAUCCUGCUGGACGCAGAUGGACACAUCAUCCACAUUGAUUUCGGGUUCAUCCUUUCCAGCUCCCCCCGGAAUCUUGGCUUCGAGACCUCUGCCUUCAAGCUCACCACGGAGUUUGUGGAUGUGAUGGGUGGGCUGGACGGGGACAUGUUCAAUUACUACAAGAUGCUGAUGCUGCAGGGUCUCAUCGCGGCCCGGAAGCACAUGGACAAAGUUGUGCAGAUCGUGGAGAUCAUGCAGCAAGGGUCGCAGCUCCCCUGUUUCCACGGCUCCUCCACCAUCCGCAACCUGAAGGAGCGCUUCCACAUGAACAUGACGGAGGAGCAGCUGCAGCUGCUCAUUGACCAGAUGGUGGACGGCAGCAUGCGCUCCAUCACCACCAAGCUCUACGACGGCUUCCAGUACCUCACCAAUGGCAUCAUGUGAUGGAUGGCCACGGGCCUCCCUGUACCGGAACGGCUCCGGGCCACCGCGUCCAGCCCAGGCCUGACUUUUUAGCCCUGGGGACGAGGUUUGGGUCCUGGACAGUGAAACGGGGGCCGGGCCUCAGCAUCUUCCUGGGGCUGCUUCCAAGGAAAUGAAACCAGGAGA